CUUCGCUUCGCCUCUCUUCACUCUCUCUUUCUCUCUCUCUCUCUCUCUCUCUCUACCCGGCUCCGCGACUGAUUACCGGAACUAUGCCAGGGGAACGAGUACCAUCACGUGAUCUCGUUGCAUCCCUUGUCUUGCAUGCCUAGACUCUCGCUACUUUCAACUAAAGCUAUUUCACCACUCUUCUUUGUUAUCCAAUACCUCUAUUAAUGAAUUUUAUCAGCUCUUAAGUAAACUUGUCUGAAAUGAUUUACUAACUAUUCAACUGCAAACCACCACCAACCUGCCAGUACCAUCUCAACUUAAGCCUGUUUACAACUUCAUUAUUCAUGGAUAUUUAUCGAGUGAGACUCUUGGCCAAGCUUACCCAUGUGUAAGUGAUUCAGUUUUGGUUUCUUUCUUGCCUACAACUUAACCAGAGAGAUCCAGGAAUAUGAUUUGGAAAUUAUUCGUAUAUUACGUAAGCAAACUCGAUGAUGCUACUCACGGAGAAAGAGAUAAAAGACUCCUCGCAAAUUUCAAAGCUUCUGAAACAUCCACUUUUAUUAACCACAGACGCAAUAUAAAUCAGAUUGAAAUUAAAUACUCGAAGCUGUUUAAUUUUCUUUGUGAUACGUAAACGUAGAUCAUUUCAAAGAUCCUAUCACGUCACGACUAGUAACAUGUGCGAACCGCAAUUACCUCUCCCAGUUCAAUUGUAUCUAUGGCGCUUACUAAAGCCAUUUUUAAGAGCAAAACUUGGUCGAGUCCAUGAAGCUUCUUGUUACUUUUGUCAACGAGCACCAGGUCACCACCAAGAAAUGAAGGAAGCAUGCUCGGCAAUGGAAAGGAUUUUUGUUCAAAAUAUCUACAAUGACGUACCAGCUUCUUUAAGAGCGAUAUUCGGCACAGUGCCACGAUGGCGUUUGAUCCAAGCAUCUCUUCCUUUCGUUUUGCACGCUGCCGCGGGCAUCUUGAAUAACAAAAAAGACUUCCAAAAUCUUAGUCCUUUAGAAACAACAUUACUUUAUAUACUUCACUGGACGAUGCUUGAUGCUGCUGAUGAAUGUGCUGAUCAGAAUGGAGAAGGGAAUAAUCCAUUUUAUUACUUAUUUUCUAUAUCCACCAUGACCCUUUUUGUAUAUCUAUUUGUACCGUUGGUGAGCCAUUUAAAAGAUGUAGAUUUCAAAGGCAGUCUUCGUUUAGAAAAUGGUCAAAAAAUUUGGUAUCCUAUUUACGAAUGUAGACAUCCAGAAGCUCCAUGUUUCACUGCUCAUUGUCGGCCUAAACCCCGGGCUUUGUGGAAAUCGUUUACAAAAUCGACUAAGAAUCAAACGGUUAAUGAUGAUGUUUUUGUUGGUACUACCGAGAACCCCCCUUCUCAAAAUGCUAGGUUAUCCGAUCAAGCAAUACCAGCAUGUACGAGGGGACUAGAUGAAGACGCUUCGUGGGUAUCAUCUCCAAAAGAUAAAGCAUUUCCCGAAACUAUUCCAGAAGAAAGUUCUAGUACCGAAGAUGAGCAUGUUGUCAUAUUCACUCUUCCUUCACUCGAUGAGUCUGAGAGAAUGUUAGGUGGUGUGAAACAAGUCUCUACAAUAUACGCUGGAGAAGCAAGUAUUUUUCACGUGGCGAUGGGACGUAGAAGUAGUUGUACGAAACCUACUUUAACAAUAGAGCAAGUAACAUCUAUAUCCGAUUUAGACUCUUACCGACAAUACGAAGGAAAAUCUAUGGAUAGAAAGAUGAGUGAUACGUUAAGAGAAAAAGAUGAUAAAUCCGGAAAAUAUGAAAAAGACAAAGGAACAGAUAGUUCCAAAACUAAAGGAGAUGAACAGCGUUAUCCUUCAUCCGGAGAUAGUCAAACUAGAUCAUCUGCUAUUGAUAUGGAUGUCCGAGCAGCAACAUUUCUUGAUGUGGCUAUUAUACGCUGUUUAUUCAUUUCUCAAUGGCAAGAAGAAGGCGUUUUUUGGGCUUUACAAUUUUUAUACAAUCGUUUACGAAGAAUAAACGAAGAAAGUUCUACUCAACAGAUGCCCCGGCGUCGUAGUAAUUCAUUGCCUAUUCCAAAAAUCGAAGUCUCCAUCUACCAAAGUCCUGAGAGUAAAAAGAGAGAGGGUUAUAGAGACAUCGCAGAUUACCAAGAUACAAGAGAUACAGUUUUAUCUGCAGAUAUAUCAUUCUACGGAGACGUAACAUACAAAGCACACGAUACAGAAAUAAGUCAUACAAGAAGAGCAAGUGAGAAAACCAAAAAACGUAUGAAAAUGGCUGAUCUGAAAGCUUUUGUUGAAACGAAAUUACUUUCAAAAUCUGAAAAAGCUCUUGAAAAAAUAGGCCAAGAAGAACCUAAAAGGCUUUUUGAACAGGAAUGCCACAGAAGUCUAGACGCAGGAGAACAGCGUUUAACUAGACAGCCAUCAGUGUGUUCAAAAAUCUUUGAUGCAAAAGAUCCUGACUUUAUAGAGCAUCCUUCAAAUUUGAUCAAAGGCAAAAGUAUGCCUAGCUUGAGCUGCUUGAUAAAUGAGCUGACCGCGGGAGGGUACAUUGGUGAUACUAAGGUUGAUAAAAAAGACAGUCAUUUUUAUAAUCAAUCGUGCGUGGCUCCCAAUCCCAUUAUAACUGUUACUGAACAUACUCCAAUUCCAUCUCCAGAAUAUAUGAAACGCCAGGGAUCUGUUGAUAGCCAAUUAGACGUUAUAAGCAGCCAAGUUCGUAAAACAACAUACGACCGAAAGCCUAGCUUGACGAGGUCACAAACUGACUCAAACAUUACUUAUACUGGGGAUGACAGUCCCGAAGCACCUGGAUCAGGCGCCUUUAUAACCGAAGAUGGUGACAUCGAGCUUGAAGUAGUUCUAAAGGCAAUUCACAACAUUUCACUGCGUGAUAAUCACAGCUGCUCGUUGCGAGUUUGCGAAUCAAUUUUGAAUCUUUUGGAGUUGUUAAUGGAUAUGGGUGUUCUGAAACAUUGUAUACGUGAGGAAUCGAUGGAAGAGAACCAAGAUUCGCCAGAAAAAUCGGAGGGAGACAAGAGGCAAGGUUCAGCCGACAGUGCCCCGCGCAAAUCCAAUAGAUUAACAGCUCAUAAUCUGAUGAUGAACUGCAUUAUAAAUAUAUUACGGCAUCUAGGCUGUCCGCAUGGUUGUCUGGAUGGGAUCCGCGGCCCACAGGCUGACUUCUGUCGCUCUCAAAUUCAAACGAUAUUCGGCAAACUAUAUAAAGCCAGUUCCAAGCAGUUCGCUACCUUCUUACGUGACGUUGUCAAAGAUAGGCGAAUCAACAGCGUUGUCGAGUUUUUCCACUCGUACAUAGGCUUUUGCAUUGACCCAGGCUCCUUGCUUUCCCCGCUCAAUCAAAAGCGCGGUUCGAGUAAGUCCCCGGAUACUAUGCCUCAAGGAGGAUACGCGACGAACUUCGGGGCUGGUUUGAUGGGAGGAACGAGCAAUCCAAUAAGCGGUUGUAACAAUACGCCUAAUUCAUCGGGAUCGGGUGGUAAUACUGCCGGCUACCCUCAUCAGGCCAUCAGCGGAGUCAACCACAGAUUCCGCAGCAUCGAGUCGCAGAUCAUCGGAUGUGUAUUUAAAACCAUGGUUACACGUUGCGUCAGGAUGCUUAGCAAACUCAAGUCACAAGAGAGCAUUUCGCUCUACUGCGAUAUCAGGCAAUUCAUCUCGUAUGUCAAGGAAGCUCAUGGCGGUGCCUUCCGCAGAGUGGUGCUCAGCGCCAUACUCGACUCGGCUGACAAACCCGGUAAAAAGCCCAACAGCGUGAUCCAAACGACCAGGGUGAUCAGGCACCUAUUUCCUUGGGAGACCGAUCAGAAUGGUGAAAUCGAUGCUGAGGGAUGUUAUACCAUUGACGAAAAGGGUGCCAGAAAGUUCCUUUUCAAAAAAAAGAGUACAUCGUCCACUUGUGCGAGCUUACUCGAGACUGAGCUCAGUGAUGAAAAUGUGAAAAUCAGUCAAAGUCCAUUGGGAAAUAUUCGGAAAAAGCAUCAUACUUUAACGCCGAGGCAGAGUGAACGAAAUCUAGAUCUAAAUGAGCCAUCUUAUGGCAUUAAGAAGUCUAGAAAAACAGCUCGCUUGAGAAUCGGUGGAAUUGUCAAUUGGUUCCGCAAAGAGUAUAGACGUAGCGAGGCAGAUAGUCACGAAAAUAGCGAGUCUCCAACGGAAUACAGUUUUGCGCGCCAGCCAAGUCUACGCCGUGCUCAUCGACGCGCUAUGCCGCGAGCACCCAGAGGGGUGGGACGCACGCUGCAAAAAGCCAAACGACGCAUGGAAAAUAAGUUGAGUCGAAUCGGCCUAGUUAAAAGUAAAGAGAAAGAAAACCGCGAAGAAGUCCGUGGCAGUUAUUUCAGCCGACGCGAUUCGGUAGAGCAAGGUGAUCCAUCGAGAGAAUCGGAAUUCGUUGUUCUGAAAGAGCGAAGAUUGGUGCCGAAAAAAGCCAUCUUUGAAGGAAUCCAAAGAUUGUCGUUCUUGUUAGAAACUUGUCAGCCAGGUUCAGUACCAGAUCAUCAUUUGAUGGGAGCUUUACUGGACUUGCCAUAUGCCCCAGUUGUUGCGCGAGCUGCUAUGUUAUUGGAAUGCGCUCACCUCGUUCAUCAAUGUAACAAAGGUCACUGGCCUAACUGGAUGAAAUUGAAUUUCCCGAUGUUCCGGCCAUCGAUGGCACUGAACAACAGGAGCGCUCCAACCGGUAUAAGAAGAACUCAUGUUUUGCAGAGAGCCGCGGGGAAGCUGUUUUACCAAUGGGCAGAGACCAUCGGAAUGAGGCUCGAGGAAUUUCUCGCUCAGGAUAGGCAAAAUUACGAUCGCAUUUGCAGCGUAAUGCGCGACGAAAACAAGCACAAAGUUUUAGCGAUUGAAGAUGUGGAAGAAGAUUUUUUCGAUGAAGCGAGCAUCAAUACGUAUGGGAGCACAUGUCCGAUAGCAUUGCGACUGAUUGCUUGCAACUUACUCUUUGAGAUCACGGCCUUUCUUCGAGAAACCUACCCGAAUUUACCCAAGUCCAGUCGGCUGUCCACAAAGGAGCGAGCCCCUCCAUGGGAGAAACUUUACAGCCGCGAGGCCAAUAGGCGCUGGAGCAUGGCCCUGUCGUCGAUGGGUCAUUCGCAGGCUUCAGCGCAGAGUUUGCAGUCGAUAGCCGGUGACAGAGAGACAGAACGAAAGAUUAGCUUUGUCUUGCACGAGCCGGAUAAUGAAUCCGAAGGGAGCAGCAAGUCCAAUGUAACUAUCCAAGGCGAAGACAUGAUAAUGAGCGAAAAGGAAAAAUCAAAACGCAUGCAAACGGCUCCUGGCAGGCCGUUCUUGCUGCGUCGAGGGACAACUACCAACACUGCCACUGGCUCCUUCAAGCGGCGAAGUCUUAAGCUACGCAGAAACACCAAAGAGGGCAAGGACAUCGAAGUCGAAGCAUUUCGACGCGCCGACUCCAUUCAAUCAAAGCGAAAAGUCAGCUCACUGUCGGACAGAAGUGAUACAUCGGAGCCUGGUCUUUACGGAGAGGUCAGCGGUGAAGAGUCACCGGGAAUUUUGAGCGAUGAUCAGCCACCGGAAAGCCCAAGCGACAGCAACGAUACGGACGAGUUCAACAAAAACUUCCCCUGGAUGAAAGUCGUCGUCCAGACCGCGAGCAAUUACAAUUUUAUGUGCUGUCAUCAAAACUAUUGUCAUCCCUACUGUCAUCGACGACAAAUGCGAGCCUGCGAUCGACUUGUUCGAGCAGUUCGUAAAACUUACGGUGAGGAAUUCGAGAUUGAAUCCGACGGUGGUUGGUUUAAUACGGAAAUCGAAAAGAAGGACGAUCCUAAAAAGGAGAAACGAAAUCGCAAAGUUUCCGAUCAAACGAGCCUCCAAGUUUCGCCAGUGCGCAGAAAGGAUAGCGUCGGCCGAAAAUACAAGAUUGACAAGAGCUUCGACGGCUCUCAAUCCGGCCAGUUACAUGGCGAAUCCUCGAAAGAUAUGCAUGAGCAGGAAUUCGAUUACAGUCAAGAUUUUUGGAAAUUCAUGAAAUCUCCAGAAGAUGAAAAGGAGAAGGAACCACACCCGAUGAUUAAGUACAUGAAGGACCAGGUGCGAGAUUCUUUCCAAGCACCGUUCGCGACUUUAUUGAAAGGCGCGGUCGUCAUGUCCGAGGAGCUGUUCGUCGACGUGCUGCCAAUAGCGUGGGUACUGCUGCUGGAAUUUAACCAGGAAGUGGCAGCAUCGGCCGCAUCGUUAUUCAUCGUCGCCUCGGUGCGUGCUCCUACACAAGCCAUCAACAUCAUGCAGGAAGGACUGCAGAAUGAAGAAGCCUCUAUCCGAAUAAAUUCUAUACUACGCUUUCAAGUUCUUUGGAAAUUCCGCUAUCAAGUCUGGCCAAGAAUGGAAGAAGCAGCUCAUAUGACCUUCAAGGUACCACCGCCGGGUAUCGAGUUCACCUUGCCAUCUCCAAAAAUUGGCAUUGAGUCACUUCCUGUUGUCGAUCCCCCCUGGAUGCCGCAGGUGAAAACUAAAGUUGAGGAGGUAACAAUCAACCAAGAGCGUCACCGCGCAUUAGUGACUGCUACAAAAACGCGAAAGAAGCAACAAACAGAGCUGAUCAAGCAAGCCCUGCAAGCACAAGACGAUAAGAAACGGGAGGAAAGAGCCAAUUUUCUAAUCACGACAAUACCAAUAACCUUUCAAGCGGCUUACGAACCUAGUCCGGUGGGAGACGAUCACGAUGAGGCUAACGUCGACGAAGAUGGCGCCGACUUGGCUCCAAGAAACCUAACUCAUCAUGGCCAAUCCGCGCUCUCGCUAUUUCCGUCGACUCUAUGCUCUGCCAUCGUUCAAAUAAUCACUCUGCUUGAUGAUCCAGCGGUCGGCGAAGAUGGCACCGCAGUUUACGACAUGGCCUAUCAAGUCAUAUGGAAUUGCUUAGUCGAAGACAGCGCUUUAUUUUUGAGGUACAUUUUGGAGCGACUAACGCGGGAAAAACAAGAUGUUAUGUUCAAACAUCUUAGGCAUCUCAUAAGAUUCGUUCCGAAACUUCCACAACAGGCAGCCUUCGCUCUCUAUAAUUACAUUAUUGGAUACAUCAUGUUUUAUGUUCGUACCCCACACGAAGAUGGUCAAAAUUUUAUUGGCUCAGCAUUGUCGAUUCUUUGGAUGGUUGUACACAGUGUUCAUGGCAUCAUGUUCAAAGAUUUGAAACAAAUUUUGAGAAAAGAACAGUGUGAUGCUUCCAUCCUAUUGACAGCAAAUGUACCAUCUGCUAAGAAAAUUAUAGUUCAUGGUCCGCAAGAUCCGGAUGCUGGUGGAAUACCCUCUCAAUUUCCAGUACAAGAAGAUACACAGUUUUGCCAAAUUCUCCGUGAAUCUCUUGACUUUUUUGGCAUCGAGGAGUCCAAGCACAAGGAGUAUUUUCUGGUCGACCAUAAAACCCAUCAAAUACAUAACCCGUCGUCCUACGUGAGAGACUAUUACUUUUUCAAACGUUCACAAUAUCCACAACUCGAACUUGUACACAUGGAACCCGAAGAUGCUUUCAAUGCUCUUCAACGACAAGAGUUGGUGCAUAAAUUCGUCGAAACUGGCAAAGUGUUGCUGACCUGGGCUAUUUUGAAAAAUGUCGAUAUGGUGGUUCAACGUGUUGUAUUUUUGCACGAGGAACUCAUGAAGCUGCCCUCGUUUCCUCGUAAAGCUUUAGAAGCUGACCUCGACCUAUACAAAGGCGGCGAGUUGGGCAAGGAGCUUUUGGCCUUGGAUGUUAUGCACAAAUUUAUGUGGGUUCGUCUGAUAGCUCGAAUGUUCGAGGCAAUGGCUGGCAAUUUUGCUUAUUCUGGAGACAUUCAUUUAUUCCUUAAUGUUCUCAAUGGGACUCUGAUUCUGCACAGCGAAGAUUCUUGUAUAUUGCGUUACGUGGUUGCGACCUAUAUCAAUGCAGCGCACAAUUUCAAAAAUAUUUUUUCAACCAAUGGCUAUUUCCUGAUAAUGCCUACACUAUUGCAACUUUACUCGACUCAUCAAACUAAUAAGCUCGUCACUACUACAGUUGAAUAUGCGGUCAAGCAGUUUUAUCUGAUGAACAGAAAGCCAUUUAUACUUCAAAUGUUUGGGAGCGUAUCGGCUAUAUUGGAUACUGACGAGUCAAGUAUUAUUGGUGAAGCCCAUAAGGUACCUUCGUCUUGUUUAUUCAAUUUGCUACUAAGUCUAGAGACACCGUCUCCUGACCCGCUAAACAUUGGUGAGCUGGUCAAAGAAGAAAAACCGUUGAAGGCUAUAGAUUUCUGUUAUCACGAUGAAAACGAAAUGGUAACUAUUCUCGAUUGCAUUUCACUGUGCGUCAUGGUGAUAUCGUACGCCGCUGACUCGGUGCGAGGUCAACAGAUGCUGGUAAUAUUGGAAGCCAUCAUGCCGUGCUACGUGCAGCAAAUUCAACUGCCAACGUAUAAUAAAGAAGGAAAGACGGAAAAAGAAAUAAUAAAUCAACUGGCUAUCGCUAUGAGAACGUUGGUCAACAACUCGGAAGCUCUCGCCAAGUACUACAACCGACCACAAAAGUCGAGCCCUGAGCACAAAGGUUCUAGUCAGAGAAAUUACGGCAAAGGACCUUACUCUCCCGGCUUUGACUUUGACGAGGAGGCACAAAUUGGAAAUAAAACCAAGACUACUUGCGACAUUGACGACAACGAGUCGCACAAAAACGAGUUCGUCCGGCCGAGGGACACACUGCUCAACAUGGUUGGUGAAUUCGUGUCUAGAGCCUCGGUGCGGCUGGUCGAAUUGAACAAGAAAUCCCAAGAUGGCAAAAACGUCGAGCUGCUGGAUUCAAAAUGCCACGUGCGCUUGGCGGACAUCGCGCACAGCUUAUUGAAAAUAUCUCCGUACGACCCCGAGGCAAUGGCUUGUCGAGGCUUGAAGAGAUAUAUGACUGUGAUUCUACCCUCGACGGAGUGGGCGAACGAUGACAUGCGACCCGCGUUGAUCCUCAUUCUGCGCCGGCUCGACAAGACCUUCAGUAAAAUCUACAAGAAAGCCUCGAUCCGACGAAACAUCAACUGGGAGGCGGCAAGCGACCUGCUGAAGGGGGUCUACGAGACGCUACUCAAGUGCCCGUACGUAGCGCACUUCCAGAACAUGAAGGCCCUGCUGAGCACCUGCCAGUCGCUGAUAACCGGCGAUACCACCGGAGUCGAACUUACCUCUGCGGCCUCGAUCGCCCUCAUGAGCAAAAUACCACCUCAACACUUUUGCUCGACGGUGCUGAAGCUCAUCGCGUUGCAAGUGAUCUCCCUGGGAGAGGGCUACUCGCUGGAAAACAUCUGUGGCCAUGCCAUGUUCGCCACGGCUUCGCGAGCCGAAAACGUGUUACUCAAUCUACUCAUGCCCCUGUUUCUCCGAGUGGGCACCGGCCGGAAAGAUGUGCCUAAGUUACGCCAGUCGGACAUUUGCUUCGCACUUUCGUCGGUGCUGAACGUGCUGUGGCCAACGGGCACGAAGACCAUGCAGACGACGGCGCCGAAUCUGAAACCCAGCACGGAUCUUCGCGCGGGAAGCUUGACCUUCGCGGCCAGGGACGCGGCGAAAAACCUGACCAAAACCUCAACGAGUCUGUACCAAGUGGCCUUUCUGGCCUUGAAGAUCAUAAUAAUCUGCUACGAGAACGAGCUGAGGACGGAGUGGCCGCGGAUCCUGCGAACGAUGAAGUUGCUGAACAAGCGCAACGAGGCCUCGCCUUACCUGUGGAACUUCAUUGAGUUUGUGGUGACGCACCGCACGCCGCUGUACAUCCAGAUGAUGCCGUUCGUCAUUCAGAAGAUCGGCCAGGCGCCGAUCUCCGAACACGAGCGCAGCAUGCAGGGCGUCAUCCGCGACAAGAUCAACGGUAUCGGCCUAGGCGUGCCCAAGUGUCGGGGCGCCCUGCUUAUGGACCUGUUCGCCGAGCUGAACAAGCUCAAGGAGGAGCUGAACGAACGCAAGCUGGACGAGGCGCCAGCCGAACCCAAGCGCAACGUGGCCGAGCAGCAGCAGCAGCAGCAGCCACACGGCGCGGAGACCGCCGGGGCCACACGCACGCAGCGGCCCUCGCUGCUGAUCGACCUGCUGACCGGCGACCUGGCCUCGCGCGGCCGCACGCCCGCGGAGACGCCCUGCUCGGCCAGCUCCAGUCUGGCCGCCCAGCACUCGCACAGCUCAGCUAGCAGCGCCACCAAGACCUCGCAGCAGAGCCAGCUCUCCGCCGCCGCCCAGCCCCAGAUCAGCCUCAGCGCUCGAGGCUCUGUUUCAAGCACGAGCGCAGGCUCUGGGACUCUCAGAGACGCCGCUGACUUGGCGGCCUGUCCCGGCACCUCCAAAUCCGACCAGCCACAAGCCACAGAUAGAUCCCAAUUAUCAUCUACCACUAACGAUGAACAUAAUAAUGCUAAGCCUCAUCCUAUAUUAACUCGUCAAAAAACAUCAAAACUGCGCUUUUUUUCUUCUGUAGAACUUAGACAUUCUUCAGGUGAAACUGUAACGAGCCAACUUAGCCCAAGUAGUCCAAAUGAAGAUAGUUCAGGAGAAUCACGCCCCGACAAGCCAAGGCUUCAGCGAUCCAUGGGUCAAAGUAAAAGAACCUUUCGUUUGAGGAAAAGUCGACGAGCUCACGUUGAGCAAGUGACUACGGCAGAAGUGGAGCAGACAGACAGUCGCCUGUCACCCGCAGAGCAGCCGAAGGAGCCGGGCAAAGAGCAACUGGUACCGCCACCGGCUGCAGCCACGAGCACAACCAUGACGACAACCAUAUCGACGAGCGAAGCGGUAGCUACGGUGAGCCAGCUGUCAGACUCGUCCUCUAUACGCUCGAGGCGCAGCUCAUCCCUUAAGCAGGGAGAGCAUGCGGACAAGACGAACAACGGCAACGGAGAGCAUUCGCUGAGCUGCCAAUUGCAGACGCCGCAACUUCUGUCGCACCACCACCACCUGCAGCUCAGGCCGCAAAGCGACAUUUCUUGGGACGAGGACACCUCGAGCACCUCGGGCUACCGAGAAUCGUACAGCAUGCAGCUGGUCUCGUUGGAGAGCAACGGCAACCGGCUGGACAUGGCCCCGCCGCUCGCAUCCCCAGAUCUGCCCUCCACGAGCAGUACCACCACUAACUACAUGAUGGGCUUUGACGGCAGCUCGCCGGAGUGCUCGAUCAACAGCAACGGUGCCGAAAAGACUGCUCUGCUCACCCAGUCCAGUCCUCGGACCAGCUCCCAGCACUCCUUGCUCAUGCUCGGGCAGCCGCCCCAAGACGAAGACACCCUCAUCUGAUGCGCCUAACCUUGCCUCCUCCCUUCUUCGCUUGGCGCUGUUCCUCCACCCUUAUCCAUCCCUCAAACUUACUCUAGCUGUACAUAAGCUUACUCGCAAUCCAUACGUUCACACAAAUAUUAUAUCUAUAUCAAUAUAGAUACUGUUUAUAGAAGUUUAUAGAAAUGUUUUACAAACUAAUAAAUCAAUUGAAGC